GGUUCUAGAAAAGCGGCGGUCCCGGCUCCAGCGGCAGUAGCAGCGGCGCCCGGGUCCUGUGUGCAGGAGCUCCCAGCGGCGCGGUUUCUCGAGCGGCGGCCGCUCUCACCCCAGCGUCAGGACGAGUCCCGUGCGCGCGCGUCCGCGGAGGUCAUUCUCAUCUCGCUCGGCUGCGGGGAAUCGGGCUGAAGCGACUGAGUCCGCGAUGGAGAAAACUUUAGAAACUGUUCCUUUGGAGAGGAAAAAGAGAGAAAAGGAACAGUUCCGUAAACUCUUCAUUGGAGGCUUAAGCUUUGAAACCACAGAAGAAAGUUUGAGAAACUACUAUGAGCAAUGGGGAAAGCUCACGGACUGUGUGGUUAUGAGGGAUCCUGCAAGCAAAAGAUCAAGAGGAUUUGGCUUUGUAACUUUCUCCUCCAUGGCUGAGGUUGAUGCUGCCAUGGCUGCUAGGCCUCAUUCCAUUGACGGCAGGGUAGUUGAGCCAAAACGUGCUGUAGCAAGAGAGGAGUCUGGAAAACCAGGAGCCCAUGUGACUGUGAAGAAGCUCUUUGUUGGUGGGAUUAAAGAAGAUACUGAGGAGCAUCAUCUUAGAGAUUACUUUGAAGAAUAUGGAAAAAUUGAUACUAUUGAAAUAAUUACUGAUAGGCAGUCUGGAAAGAAAAGAGGCUUUGGCUUUGUUACUUUUGAUGACCAUGAUCCUGUGGAUAAGAUUGUAUUGCAAAAGUAUCAUACCAUCAAUGGUCACAAUGCAGAAGUUAGAAAGGCAUUGUCUAGACAAGAAAUGCAGGAAGUCCAGAGUUCUAGGAGUGGAAGAGGAGGAAACUUUGGCUUUGGGGAUUCUCGUGGUGGCGGUGGCAAUUUUGGACCAGGACCAGGAAGCAACUUUAGGGGGGGAUCUGAUGGAUACGGAAGUGGACGUGGAUUUGGGGAUGGCUAUAAUGGGUAUGGAGGAGGACCUGGAGGUGGCAAUUUUGGAGGUAGCCCUGGUUAUGGAGGAGGAAGAGGAGGAUAUGGUGGUGGAGGACCUGGAUAUGGCAACCAGGGUGGGGGCUACGGAGGUGGUUAUGACAACUAUGGAGGAGGGAAUUAUGGAAGUGGGAAUUACAAUGACUUUGGAAAUUAUAACCAGCAACCUUCUAACUAUGGUCCAAUGAAAAGUGGAAACUUUGGUGGUAGCAGGAACAUGGGAGGACCAUAUGGUGGAGGAAACUAUGGUCCUGGAGGAAGUGGAGGAAGUGGGGGCUAUGGUGGGAGGAGCCGAUAUUGAGCUUCUUCCUACUUACCAUGGGAAGGUGUCUUGCUGCAGGUAACUAAUGAAGAAGUGGUCAACCACAGAGUCUUCAAGAAAUAAGAAAUUCUGUACCAUCUGAAAGUAGUUCUUGUUGGUGCCUUCAUUUAAGAAGCACUUUUAAGAUAAAAGGGAAUGUUUUCUGGUUAAAACUUCAUUUAGUACAGGUUCUUGAUAAAAAUACAAAAUGAGUGCUGUUUGUAAAGAGUAACAUCAAAUUAGCCAAGGAUAAUGUAUUGUUUUAAAUUAGGUAUUGUGAGUAGACAGAAAAAAAAAAACUAUUUUGAGUACAAGUUUUAUAAAAUAAAUACUUUUGUAUCCAAAUACCUUGGUGUAAUGUUUACACAUAAGUGUGAAUCUUGUUCUAUCAACAUCAGUUGUCUACAAGAUCGCCAACCCCUUAAAUUUUAAAUUACUUUUGCACAAAACACAUCUACAGUUUUCAUUCCAUAUUAAUAGACAAAAUAAGCACUUUUAAAGGACAUUAUUUGCUGUCUUU